AUGGAGGAACACUCCAAAAUGUCUGAACCCGAGGAGCAACACAAUGACUUGCAGUAGGUUUAUAUAAAAAUAGUUUAUUUUAUAUAUAUUUAUUACUAAUGUAAUCAGUUUGUUCGAAGAUAAAUCCCUUGGUAACUAUUUGUAUGGCAGUCUAGCUAUAUAUAAUUUAACAGAUUAGGAUUACUGGGCGAUACAUUGUAAAGUUAUUUACCAUUUCAAUGUCCAAUAUUUAACUUGGGACCCUGGACUUUAUAACCUCAAUCUUUCUGGAUACUACCAGAGUUAUAAUCAUUAUUUUAGUGCUAAUUUUACUAAUUCAAAUUAUUAGUUUUUACAAUUUGGAAUGAAAAGUAUUUAUUUGCUGAAUGGCAUUUGGUUGGGAAUAUUUGGUAGUUUCAGCCAAAAUAUAGCUAAGCAUUGCCCCACAGCUGGCGUUGCCUAGCAACAGACCAAACAGUUGCAAAGUGGGACUAUGAUAUAAAAUGAUGAUGUAUCUGGGGUUCAUUAUCUGUUAUAUCCAGAGCUGAGUAAGCAGUGAUUAACAGUUAUUCCAGUGAUAACCACAUUGGAUCAAUUUGAAAGACAAGCAGUAUUUAAAAUGGAGGAAAACUCCAAAAUGUCUGAACCCAAGGAGCAAAACAAUGGCUUGCAGUAGGUUUAUAUAAAAAUAGUUUAUUUUAUAUAUAGCUAAUGUAGUAAUAUUGUAAGAAAGCAAGUUCCUUAAAAUCUAGAUACAAUUAAUUUAAAGGACCGACAAUAACAAAAUGACAGCUCAUGAAUGUGUGCUUGUUCACACGUGCAUCCAGUUCUACAGGUUAAUAUUACUGGGUGAUACUUUGCAAAGUUUCUUUUCAAUUCAAUGUCCACUACUUAUAUUAUGACCCUGGACAUUAUAACCUUGUUGGUCGCUAUCAGAGCUUUCCUCAGUAUAUUAUUGCUAAUUUACUAACUGAAAAACUACUCUCCAUUCAGUUACAUCUCCACUGGUGGACUUUGAUUGGCAUAACUACAAUAGAUAGUUAAUCAUUUGGAUUUUACCCCACAGAUUACGAUCUCAACACCGCUGACGUGAAAUAGUCUCUACUUCAUAUCCCUUAUUUCUCUAAAACAAUUGCUAACUUUAAUAAACGCUUUUAAUUACACUAAAAGGGAUGAAAGUGAAAGGACCAUUUUAAUGUUUAUAUAGGAGGGAAUUUGCAUACGGACCCCUUUAGGGACUGAGAGGAUAUUGAAAUUAACAGACAGAACUAAUUAAACUUCAGAAAUGCAAGGUGUUGCACAAAUUUAAAUAUUGAGCUUUAAGAACAAAUCAUCAAAUUAUUAGCCUGCCAAGUUUGAUUUAGAUGGUUUUAUACUGUGACUAAACCGUAGCAUUGGGUUCAAAUUAACCUGUUUCAUGUUUUUCCCUUAGUAAAUUGGAGGAACAAAAAGUCCUGUAUUCGGAGACUAAUGCUUAUGAAAUGCAAGAACUCUUGGGCAGUGGCACCUUUGGGCAAGUCGUAAAAUGUGUUAAAAAAGGAACCAGCGAGAAAGUGGCCAUCAAAAUGUUAAAGAGCCGCAAGUAUGUCGCUGAAGUAGCACAAGCUGAGAUAAACAUCCUGACUCAGCUAAAUAAGCAACGUCCAGAUGAAUUCAAUGUCAUCAAAGCCUUUGAGUUUUUCCUCUACAACAAUAUCAUCUGCCUUGUGUUUGAGAUGCUAGAUAUGAGUCUCUUUGACUACAUGGUGUCAAUUGGUGGCUCGUUUCCUGUGAGAAUGAUCCGCCCUAUCGUGGCACAGGUGGGCAUUGCACUGGCAAAGCUCAAGAGUCUUGGAAUAAUCCAUUCAGACUUGAAGCCAGACAACAUCAUGCUGGUGGACAAUAUCACACACCCAUUAAAGGUCAAGGUGAUAGACUUUGGGUGUGCGCGCCAUGUGUCCGAGGCUCGGUGUUCGAGUUAUAUACAAGCAAGAUGUUAUAGGUAAGAGACAUUCAUUACGUAUAAUUUACACUUAAAUUAAGCUUGUCAGUUUAUGAAAUGAGUUUAAAGAAUAAUGUUAAUCAGAUCGGGUUCAUUUUUCUGUCCAACAGUUUUUACGUUAUAUUUAGCAACAUUAGUGAACCAGUUUAUGGUUUCUGGAGGAGUUUAUCUCUACACAUUCACACAGUGCUCUUACAGUGGGCAUGUUUUAUACAGCUUCCCCAAGGCAUAUCCUUCUUAUAUCUCCCCUUAUUGUAACUUGCAGGUCUCCAGAAAUUAUAUUGGGAUAUCCAUUCUGUGAGGCUAUUGACAUGUGGUCUUUGGGGUGCAUCAUGGCGGAGCUCUUCACAGGAUGCACUUUAUAUCCUGGAGCAUCUGAGUAUGAUCAGGUGAGUGCAUAG